UGGUGAUGAUGAUGGUGGUGGUGGUGGUGGUGAUGGUGAUGAUGGUGAUGAUGGUGAUGAUGAUGGUGGUGGUGGUGAUGAUGAUGAUGAUGGAGGUCUGUCUUUGCAUUUUACUCUAUGUGAGAUUGGUUGCCAUGAUCCUAAGUUUCCCUGGGAAACUGAGUAACACAAUAAUUUCCUCACAUCAAUACUAAUUAUGAAAUGUUAAAGGAAAAGGUUCAUAAAUAAUCAAUGUUCUCUUGAUAUGAAGAGUAUAUGGACUUUAAUGAUCAUACACAUAGCUUUGUAAUUUAGGGGUAAAGUUUCAGGGGGUUAGGUGGCCUUGGAUUAAACUGAUUUGAGAGAGAAACUCUGCGUCACUUUCUAAGUACCUAGCACCUAAGCAGUGCCAGUUUUUUUUUUUUUUCAUCAUUUGAUUGGCGUUUGAAUUUAUUUGAAAAAAAGAAAGAAAGAAAGAAAAGGAAAAUUGAGUUGAAGAUGUAUGAUGAGCUGAAUUGCCUUGCCAGAUGUUGGGAGAGAUGGCUGAUGGCAGCUACUGUCUAGUGGGAGCACUCUAACGUCAUCAGGAGCACCCGUGUUGCCCCACCUUUGUCACUCCUGGGGCCCAGAAGCAAAGAAGUGUAGUCAUAGGCAGCGACGGUGCAAUCUCAGAGGAUGUGCUUUCCUGCACCAGAACAGGAAGACGUUAAAAACAGAGAGCAUGGAUGAAGCUACCGGAAAAACAAAACAAAACAACCACAAAACCCCCACGGACAGUAUAUAAGUUUGACAUUCGAAUAACAACAAUCCUUGGGAGACAGUACAGCAUCGUGAGCCUCAUAUGCCUGGGUACAGAAAGUAUGAAAUCUCAGAUUCUGCUAGAAAACAUAAAAAAAAUGAUAGAAUAAUGGUUGAAGGAAAUUUGGGUAAUAGAAAACUCUUAGAAUUUAACAAGAAUAUUAAUUACAAAGCUUUAGUCACUGUCCUUAGAAAAAUCCUGGUUAUUUCUGUCAGGUAGAGUUAAAGCUGAUGAAAGGGUGUAAUGAUGAAAAAUGGGAGACAUUGAAUCAAAACAAGAUUCUGACAUCAGUCUUGUGUACCUGUGUAGCUACUGUGUUUCAGAUUACAAGAAAAUAUUAAAAUCUUACAAAUUCCAGAAGAAAGUUUUUUUUUCCAUUGUGAGAUCACUGAAGUUAGGGUAAACACAAGGAUUAAGAAAGAAACUUCUUGGAAAAUGCUCCUGGGGGGAGAUGGCCUGAAAUGGAUAAAAUACAUCAGAUUUCUGCUGCGGGAAAUAGUGGGAAUGAGUCAGGAGUAAGAGAACUGCUGAGAAGGAUAGUGCAGAAAGAAAACUGGUUUUCUACCUUCCUGGAUGUUCUUCGCCAAACUGGAAACGAUGCGCUAGUCCAAGAGCUAACAGGUGUGAGCUGCCCAGAAGAGAGCACAGACUUGGAUAACGCAUCUCACAAAGACAGGCCUGCAGCUAACGAGCCCCUUCUGCCCGCCAUCGAUGCAUUAAGUCUGGAGACAGAGGCCUGGACCAUAGAGGACACCUCACCAGAGGCUUCCUUUGCAGAUUCUUCUGUGACCACAGAAUCAGACACAAGUUUGGCAGAAGGAAGUGUCAGCUGCUUCGAUGAAAGUCUUGGACAUAACAGCAACAUGGGCAGGGAUUCAGGCACCAUGGGAAGUGAUUCAGAUGAAGAUACCAUCAUGGGGACAAAAAGAGCAUCCCCCAAGCCAGAACUGCAGCUCAGGCCUUACCAAAUGGAAGUGGCCCAGCCUGCCCUGGAUGGGAAGAAUAUUAUUAUCUGCCUCCCCACGGGGAGCGGGAAAACCAGAGUGGCAGUUUACAUCACCAAAGAUCACUUAGACAAGAAGAAGCAGGCGUGUGAAUCCGGGAAGGUUAUCGUCCUUGUCAAUAAGGUAAUGUUAGCAGAACAACUUUUCCGCAAAGAGUUCAACCCGUUCUUGAAGAAAUGGUAUCGCAUUAUUGGAUUAAGCGGCGAUACCCAGCUGAAAAUAUCUUUUCCAGAAGUUGUCAAAUCUUACGAUGUUAUUAUCAGCACAGCUCAAAUCCUUGAAAACUCCCUCUUAAAUCUGGAGAGUGGGGAAGAUGAUGGUGUGCAGCUGUCAGACUUUUCCCUUAUUAUCAUUGACGAGUGUCAUCAUACCAACAAGGAGGCAGUCUAUAACAACAUCAUGAGACGGUAUUUGAAGCAGAAGUUGAAAAACCAUAAACUCAAGAAACAAAACAAACCAACAAUUCACCUGCCUCAGAUACUAGGACUGACAGCUUCACCGGGUGUUGGAGCAGCCAAAAAGCAAUCUGAGGCUGAAAAACAUAUUUUAAAUAUAUGUGCCAAUCUCGAUGCCUUUACCAUUAAAACAGUGAAAGAGAAUCUCAGUCAACUCAAACACCAAAUAAAGGAACCAUGCAAGAAGUUUGUGAUUGCUGAUGACACCAGAGAGAAUCCAUUUAAAGAGAAACUUCUAGAAAUUAUGGCAAGCAUUCAAACUUACUGCCAAAAGAGUCCAUUGUCAGAUUUUGGAACCCAACAUUAUGAGCAGUGGGCUAUUCAAAUGGAAAAAAAAGCUGCUAAAGACGGAAAUCGCAGAGAUCGUGUCUGUGCAGAACAUUUGAGGAAGUACAACGAAGCCCUACAAAUCAAUGACACGAUCCGAAUGAUUGACGCGUACAGCCACCUGGAAACGUUCUACACCGACGAGAAAGAAAAGAAGUUUGCAGCCCUCAAUGACAGCGAUGAGAGUGACGACGACGAGGCCAGCAGUUGCCAUGACCAACUUAAGGGCAAUGUAAAGAAAUCUUUGAAACUGGACGAAACGGAUGAAUUUCUCAUGAAUUUGUUCUUCGAUAACAAGAAAAUGUUGAAAAAACUAGCUGAAAACCCAAAGUACGAGAACGAAAAACUCAUUAAAUUAAGAAACACGAUCCUGGAACAGUUCACAAGGUCUGAGGAGUCCUCCCGAGGAAUUAUUUUCACAAAAACGCGGCAGAGCACCUAUGCGCUUUCCCAGUGGAUUAUGGAGAAUGAAAAGUUUGCGGAAGUUGGAGUCAAAGCGCAUCACCUGAUUGGCGCGGGACACAGCAGCGAGGUCAAGCCCAUGACUCAGACUGAACAAAAAGAAGUCAUUAGUAAAUUUCGCACUGGGGAAAUAAAUCUGCUUAUCGCUACUACGGUGGCAGAGGAAGGCCUGGAUAUCAAAGAAUGCAAUAUCGUUAUCCGGUAUGGCCUUGUCACGAACGAGAUAGCCAUGGUCCAGGCCCGGGGUCGAGCUAGAGCCGAUGAGAGCACCUACGUCCUGGUUACCAGCAGUGGCUCGGGAGUUACUGAACGGGAGAUUGUUAAUGAUUUCCGAGAGAAGAUGAUGUAUAAAGCUAUUAACCGUGUUCAAAAUAUGAAACCAGAGGAGUAUGCACAUAAGAUUUUGGAAUUACAAGUGCAAAGUAUCUUGGAAAAGAAGAUGAAAGUCAAGAGAAGUAUUGCGAGGCAGUACAACAGCGAUCCAUCGUUAAUAACACUUCUCUGCAAAAACUGUAGUACGCUGGUCUGCUCAGGAGAAAACAUCCACGUAAUUGAGAAGAUGCAUCAUGUCAACAUGACACCAGAGUUCAAGGGACUCUACAUUGUGAGAGAGAACAAAGCACUACAAAUGAAAUUUGCUGAUUAUCAGACAAAUGGAGAGAUUAUCUGCAAAUGUGGCCAAGCUUGGGGAACAAUGAUGGUGCACAAAGGUUUAGAUUUGCCUUGUCUUAAAAUAAGGAAUUUUGUAGUCAAUUUCAAAAAUAACUCAUCAAAGAAACAGUACAAGAAGUGGGUGGAAUUGCCUAUCAGAUUUCCUGAUCUCGAUUGCUCAGAGUACUGCUUGUAUAGUGAUGAAGACUAGCUCUUGAGUCAUGAAUGUUGUAAAAUUGUUGCCAACUCAGCAUUGAGUUUGAUUUUGAUUGACGUUUUCAUUAACACCACUGAACUAACUCUAGAAUAUGUAAAUGAUGGUUUUGUUUUGCUUUUAGUGAUGUAAAGAAAUACCACAAAAUGCAUACAUGCUAUUGGUUGAUAAAUGUAAUUAUUAAUCAAAAUUGUCAAUUUGAUGAGUUCUAAAUUCACCUGGGUUCAGGGAAUACCAAGGAGGGAUUGAUUGUCUUAAAUUAAUUAAGGAAGUCCUGUCCACUCUGGGUGGUCCCAUUCUCCAGGCUUGGGUCCUGGACUGUAUAAAACUGAGAAAACUACGUGAGCCCACAUUUGCUCUCAUAGCUCUGCUCUUGACUGUGCAAUGCAAUGUGACAAGCUACCUCAAGCUCCUGUGGUUGUGACUUCCGCACAGUAAUGGAUUAUAACCUCAUACCGUGAGCUGCAGUUAAAUCAUUCCUUCCAAAGUUGUUAUGGGCGUUUCAUCACAGCAACAGAAGAGUAACUAAAACAGCAGGGGUAAGGGAAACCUACCAACAGUACUCAUUACUGCAGUGUUCUACAGAAUUAUGAAAAGCACUGGAAUAUAAAUGAGAAUCCAAGGUACUAAUAUCAGUCCUGUCACUAAUUUUUUUUCAGAUUUAUUUACUUUAUGUGUAUGUAUGCUUGGCCCACAUGCAUAUACGUGUGCCAUACUCAUUCCUCGUGCCUCUGGAGGUCUGAGGAAGGUAUCAGAUCCCCUGAGGUUCGAGUUAUGGAUGAUCGUGAGCUGCUACAUGGGUGCUGGGAGUCAAACAUGGGUCCCCUGCAUGAACAACAAGUGCUCUUAACCACUGAACCAUCCCCAAGCUUUUCUGUUGCUAAUUUUCACAAUCAAAUCAUCUCAUCCUUCUUCUCCAGCCCCACUGUGGUGAAAUGUUCAUUACACUAUCUGCUCUGAUUUUAUUGAAACAUUUUAUUUUUUUAAAUAAAACUACUCGUGAUAGCAGCUGUUUUGUAUGCCAAACAUUUAGAUGUAAUUUUCUCACAAGGCUGAAAUCAACAUUUCAGCCAGACUGUUCUGACCCAGAAGCCUUGAAGGAGGAAUCCGUGCUCACUGAUAAUCCAUUUCCUUGCAGCUGUCUGGCUGGGAUCUCUGCCUUUUUGCCACAUCUCCACCAGGAAUUGCUCUCACAUCCUAGGAAUGCUUUAUUCUGUGGCCUCCUCAGGAAGCCCCCACAGACAAUACCAUGUGUUUCUUCAGGGCCAGCAGUAGAAACUCCCAAAGUUUCUAAGGAUUCUCAUGUAACUUAACUAUAGUAAUGGGAACUCAGUGCAUUAUGCUUCGGAUGAGGCAUCUUACUGAUAGGCAGACUUGAUACUUCACCUUGCUUGUCAAUUGAUAAAAGAUCUACAGUUACCUGGGAUAACAUUGGUAAAUGUGAUUAUUAAUCAAAAUUGUCAAUUUGAUGAGUUCUAAAUUCACCUGGGUUCAGGGAAUACACAUGAGGGAUUAGGGUGUCUGGACAUGCCUAUCCCAUGUGGACAGUAGGUCAUGCCCACACUCAAAGCAAGGGGAUAAUUCAGUAUAUCAUGCAUGAACUGACAUGAUUUGGGAAAGAAUCUUGGAAGUCACUUUAUAAUGACUUGUUCGUUUGUUUUUUUGCUAUUAUAAUGUGUAUACAUUGGCAGUCACAUGGACAAACAGGAAGUUUGAUGAGGGAAGCAGCCUUACUAAAGUGCGGCACCGAGCAGAUUUGGUCUUGCUUCUUCUGCUUUCUCGUCUGCAAACACAGUACCAUCCUGGAAUACAACCUAAUCACCUCUUACGAAGAAGGGAGUGAAGACAGAAUGCUUUUGUAGUUUCGAUCUAUUAGUUUAAUUUCAUAUUAAGAUGUCUUGAACCUUUUAUUGAUGAGAACUGAGCCUAAAUGAAUAUAUUACCCAGAACUCUUGGGAAUAUAAACAGACAAAAGAAGAAUUGAUUUCCAUAAAAUACCUUAAGAAUUCCAUGUAAUUCCUUUAAAGUAUUGCCCUAUUCUAAAGAAUUUUGGAAACUACACAGGAAAUCAAAUAUCUAAGAUAUCCAAAGAGACUACUGUAGCAUAUGUAUUCUGUUUUUGAGGCAUCAGCAAAUAUCAGGGUGUUCUUUUGUUUUGUCAACUAUUUUUCUUUAUUUCAAUAAAAAGUUAUUUCUAUUUUAAAAUUAAA